AUGGCCUCGCGACAGAUCAAGCAGGAUUUGAACCGGUCAGGUUGGGAAACCACAGACUUCCCGUCCGUCUGCGAAAAUUGCCUGCCGGACAAUCCGUAUGUUCAAAUGAUAAAAGAAGAUCAUGGUGCCGAGUGCAAGAUCUGUACCCGACCCUUCACUGUGUUCCGGUGGAAAGCCGAUCGAACAGCCAGAACGAAGCGAACAAACAUAUGCCUCACUUGUGCUCGACUAAAGAAUUGUUGCCAGAGUUGUAUGCUCGAUCUGUCGUUUGGACUACCUCUCCAAGUCCGAGACGCGGCUCUCAAACUCGUUGCUCCUGGUCCCACCUCCGGCAUCAAUCGAGAAUAUUACGCACAAGAGCAUGAGAAAGAACUGGAAGAGGGUCGUGGUGCGGUUGAGGUUUAUGAUAAGACCGAUGAGAGGGCCAGAGAUCUACUGAGAAGACUGGCAAAAAGCGAGCCAUACUACAAGAAACAGCGACGACUAGAAGCUGAAGGAUCGUCAGAAAAGGCACUCGAGCAGAAACCGAGCGGAUAUGGUCCGGUAAGGACAUCUGAUUCGAGGAAAGCCGCAAACGCGCAACGCGGACCUCGCCCAGGCGCUGGCCGGGCAGUUGCUGGCGCCGCACGCCCUCCACAGCCAGAGGAUUAUUUGCCGCCCGCAGAUCCCAAUAUCACCUCCUUGUUCGUCACCGGAGUAGAAGACGACUUGCCAGAGCACGCCAUUAGGAGCUUCUUCACACCCUUCGGUCAAAUCAGAUCCAUCGUCUGCUCCCACCGAGCUCACUGUGCCUUCAUCAACUAUGCGACAAGAGAGGGCGCUGAAGCUGCCGCCGCACAAUGUCAAGGCAAAGCUGUAAUCCAGGGAUGUCCACUGCGUGUCCGAUGGGGAAAGCCAAAGCCGCUCGACAAUGCCGACCGAGAACAGAGACUGGAGUGGGCAAGAGAGGGGCGCCAAACUGCAAGCACCACACCUAACGCUCAGUCUGGUAGUCAGGGAGUUUCUGGUAGUGAGGGUGCGCGAGCUCUCGAAGGUCCUUCAGCAGAAGAAGGAGCCAGCUUUACCCUGGCAGCUCCACCUGGACAGGGAGAGGUCUCCUAUGCGAGUCUGGCAGGUGAUUGA